GAUCAAACAAGCGCGUAUCCCCGCCAUACCCUCUCACAUGCGACAAGCGCUGACGGACGGCCCAGGAGGAGGUGCCAGUGAUCGAAUUGACACUGAGAUCAUUCGGUUAAAGGCCACAGACGCCAAUGGGGCGGUGAUUAAUUUUGUACUACAAUGCACACUUGACCAUGGCGUACGAAACAUGCGCAUAUACUGUCCCUAUUGGGUGGUGAAUAGGACUGGUUUGCCUCUUUUAUUUGAGGACUCAUCGGUUAAAUCUGUAGUCAAACCUCAGCCUGUGACGGUGCCUAGCGAAAGUUCGUUGCCAGCGUUGUUCAGUUAUGUGUCCCAUACCAAAGAACCGUUUCAGACUGGCAUUAACGAGCACACAGCUAGGAUGCGAGUGAUUAUAGACCAAGAACAUCCCAUGCAGCAGGGGGCAGAUGGCGCUGAGGAUGCAGGAGAAAAAGGU